UCGCUCGUGUCUACGCACCCAUAAAAAUCGUGGGCUUCGUCACUCGUUGGCUAAAAACUAAAAAUAAAAAACUCUGCGUGAGCUUGCUGUUCUCCAUAAUUAAUUCGGAGUGUAGUCUUUUAUAGAACAUAUUGUAUUGAAUUCCAGAAGCCAACAUAUCCAGCUCUUUGAUGGUUGCUUUUGGAGCAAUUCAUGAUAUAAUUGCAGACUCUGAAGAUUCUCAAACUAAUGGGCGAGACGAAGCAUAGUAAGAAUGGCAACGAUGGAAAAACUCAAACCAAUGGAGUGAUGAUCACAGUCUACGUCGAAUCAUCAACGACCCGAUCACGGAAACUAUCGGAUCCCGCGAAGAAAUCAAUGCCGCAAACACGAAUCAAAACGUCGCGAACUUCGCAAUCGCAAGGCUACGAUCGUCGGGCUCUGCUUCUCGCUUAUUCGAGACAGCUAAGAAAUAUAGGAUCGGAAUCCCAAGAUGUUCAAGGGCCCACAAAACAGCAAUCGAGGCAUAAAAGCAAGGAGGAAAUUUGCUCGUGGUUUCAAUUCUGCUCGCCGUCUUCCCGAAUGCUUCGGCAGCCGAAUAGCCGGUGGAGAUAUGAUCGCAUGCCGAUCUUGGAGAAGGAAGAAUUAAGCCAACCGAGGAAGAAAAGGUCCAAUGGAAAAACCAGUUCUCCGUUUCUGAGAAAAUUGAAGGGCCUGUUGAAAGAGAUGUCAUGCAAAAAAAUUAAGCUAUAACAGGGAUGAAGGAGCUGACUGUUGAUGCUUCUAUUUGAUUUGAUAUCGGGUUUCGCCCGAAACUUGAUGUUAGAAAAGGAGGAGUUUAGACGAAGAUUUGUUUCAUCAACCAUGUUUGGGUGUUAAUAAGAUCCAUUUUAUUUCAUCGUAAA